AUGGGGUGCACCACCAGCACCGUCGUCUUUGAUGGGCUGCGAACUGUGUUGGAGAGGAACUGUAGCGGCUACAUCUGUAAAGGAGCCGCUGAGCCCAUUGGGCCAUCUGAGGUUGAGCGAGCGCUGAGUCGGAGGGAGUCUCGUAUCUUUCCGACACCAAGAGUACUUAAGGUAAAGCCUAAGGUGAUCGAACCCCUGGACUAUGAAAAUGUUCUGGUGCAAAGGAAGACUCAGAUCCUCAGCGAUGUCCUCAGGGAUAUGCUGCAGUUCCCACUGGAGGACUUUGAGAUUUCGACUUUGCGGCGGCAAGGCAGGAGUCUCUACCACACCCUGCCUGACAAUGCCGAAAGGGAAGCCCAGAGUCUAUUUGUCCAAGAGUGUAUUAAGACCUACAAGACUGACUGGCAUGUUGUCAACUACAAGUAUGAAGCUUAUUCGGGAGACUUCCGCCAGCUUCCGAACAAAGUUUCAAGGCCAGAAAAGCUAGCUGUCCAUGUCUUUGAAGUAGACGAGGAUGUUGACAAAGAUGAGGAUACGGCGUCACUUGGGUCUCAAAAAGAUGGGAUCACCAAACAUGGAUGGCUCUACAAAGGCAACAUGAACAGCGCCAUCAGUGUUACCAUGAGGUCAUUCAAGAGGAGAUACUUCCAUCUGACGCAGUUGGGAGACGGUUCUUACAAUUUAAACUUCUACAAGGACGAGAAGAUCUCCAAAGAGCCCAAAGGAACUAUUUUCUUGGAUUCCUGCAUGGGCGUUGUUCAGAAUUACAAGGUUCGCAGGUUUGCUUUCGAGCUGAAGAUGCAAGAUAAGAGCACCUAUCUGCUGGCUGCUGACAGUGAAGGGGAGAUGGAGGAUUGGAUCAACUCACUUAACAAGAUCUUGCACAGCAGCUUUGAAAUCGCCAUGCAGGACAAAAGGAAUGGAGACAGCCAUGAUGAUGAUGAUCUUGGAAAAUCUGACAGCUCUUCGGGCAGUAUGGACAGUUUUCAGACUGCAAGAGAUAUCGAGUCAAGGAUGAGGAAUGAGACGAGAUUGAAGCUGUUCACCCUUGACCCUGACACGCAGAAACUGGAUUUCUCAGGAAUAGAACCAGAUGUGAAGCAGUUUGAAGAGAAGUUUGGCAAGCGUGUGCUCAUUAACUGCAACGACCUCUCCUUUAAUCUGCAAAGCUGUGUAGCUGAGAAUGAGGAGGGACCAACAACAAAUGUGGAGCCAUUCUAUGUGACUCUGUCACUGUUCGACAUCCAAAAUGGACGGAAGAUCUCGUCCGACUUCCAUGUGGAUCUCAACCACCCUUCUGUCAGAGGAAUGAUGCCCAAUUAUGAGAGUCAGUAUAUAAAUGGGGGAGGGGAUAUCAUCCCUGAUGGGCCACGGUUGGUUCAUGGAGUGCCAGAAGCAGUCAUGCGCUAUCCCCGUCAGGGAGUGUUCUCUGUAACAUGCCCCCACCCUGAUAUCUUCCUGGUGGCUCGCAUUGAGAAGGUGCUGCAGGGAGGAAUCAAUCACUGUGCUGAGCCUUACAUGAAGAAUUCUGACUCCACUAAGGUGGCUCAGAAAGUGUUGAAAAACGCCAAGCUGGCUUGUAAUCGCUUAGGCCAGUAUAGGAUGCCUUUUGCUUGGUCAGCUAGGCCAUUGUUCAAAGAUGCUUCAGGGACGCUUGAUAAAAGUGCUCGCUUUUCACCUUUGUACAGACAGGACAACAACAAGUUGUCCAAUGACGACAUGCUCAAAUUGCUGGCUGACUUCAGAAAGCCAGAGAAGAUGGCCAAGCUGCCUGUUAUCCUCGGAAAUCUUGACGUUACCAUCGACAAUGUUGCCCCUGACUUGACCAAUUGUGUUUCCUCAUCCUACAUUCCUGUGAAGCAGUUCGAUGUGAGCGAGAAGUGCCCUGUCUUCUUUGAGGUGGAGGAGUUUGUGCCAUACAUAGCCAAAUGUUCCCAACCUUUCACAAUCUACAACAAUCACCUCUACGUCUACCCCAAAUUCUUAAAGUACGACGGACAAAAGUCUUUUGCUAAGGCUAGGAACUUGGCUGUCUGCAUUGAGUUCAUGGACUCUGAUGAUGAGGAUGCGUUACCGCUUAAGUGCAUCUAUGGACGACCUGGAGGACCUCUGUUCAGUAAAAAUGCCUUUGCUGCAGUAUUACAUCACCAGCAGAACCCUGAGUUCUAUGAUGAGUUCAAGAUUGAGCUCCCAACCCAGCUCCAUGAAAAACAUCAUCUGCUCUUCACUCUCUACCAUGUCAGUUGUGAGAGCAACAGCAAGGCCAGCACGAAAAAGAGGGAGCAAGUUGAGACGCAAGUGGGAUACGCAUGGCUUCCUCUACUGAAAGACGGCCGGGUGAUCAUGAAUGAGUGUCACAUUCCUGUGGCGGCGAACCUGCCCGCUGGAUAUCUCAGCUGCCAGGAAGGUUCCAGCAAGCAUUCGGGUCCAGAAGUAAAAUGGGUGGAUGGAGGCAAGCCUUUGUUUAAGGUGUCAACUCACCUCGUGUCCACCAUUUACACUCAGGAUCAACAUUUGCACAAUUUCUUUCAUCACUGUCAGAGCAUAGCAUCAUCACCUCAGGCACCAGGAGGCGAACUAGUCAAAUACCUGAAGAGCCUGCACGCAAUGGAGAGUCAUGUGAUGAUCAAAUUUUUGCCCACCAUACUGAAUCAGCUGUUCAGGGUGCUGACCAGUGCUAGUCAGGAAGACGUGGCGGUCAACGUAACCAGAGUCAUGAUCCACAUUGUAGCCCAGUGUCAUGAAGAGGGAUUGGAACACUACCUGAGAUCAUAUGUGAAGUUUGUUUUCAAAACUGAGCCAUACACUGUAUCGUCCACGCGAACCGUGCACGAAGAGUUGGCUAAAGCCAUGACCGCCAUCUUGAAACCUUCCACUGACUUCCUCACAUGUAACAAGCUGCUCAAGUACUCCUGGUAUUUCUUUGAAGCCUUAGUCAAGUCCAUGGCUCAGUAUUUGAUUGAGAGUUGUAAAGUGAAGCUAUCCCGGAAUCAGAGAUUCUCAGCUUCGUUCCAUCACACUGUGGAAACUGUGGUCAACAUGAUGAUGCCUCAUAUCACCCAGAAAUACAAAGACAAUCUAGAUGCAGCCAGAAACGCCAACCACAGUCUGGCUGUCUUCAUUAAGCGCUGUUUCAACCUCAUGGACAGGGGUUUUGUGUUUAAACAAAUCAAUAACUACAUCAACUGCUUUAUGCCUGGAGAUCCAAAGACGCUAUUUGAGUUCAAGUUUGAGUUCCUGCGGGUUGUGUGCAACCACGAGCAUUAUGUUCCUCUAAACCUACCCAUGCCUUUCGGAAAAGGGAGGAUACUGAGAUUUCAAGAUCUUCACCUAGAUUACUCGCUGACGGAUGACUUUUGUAAGAACCACUUCCUGGUUGGGCUGCUUCUCCGGGAGGUCAACGCAGCCCUGCAGGAGUUCAGGGAAAUUCGACAAAUAGCCAUCCAAGUGCUGAAGAACCUGAUGAUAAAGCACACCUUCGAUGACCGCUACACCUCAAAAAGUCAGCAGGCGAGGUUGGCGACCCUCUAUUUGCCUUUGUUUGGUUUGCUGCAAGAGAAUGUGAACAGACUGAACGUGAAGGAAGUGACCCCCUUUACCAUCAACCACUGUAACAAUAAUGGACGGGAUGAUUCCCUCCUCGCCAACGCUUUGAUGACACCUCCCAGAUCCAGCACUUUUUUGGACACAAGCUUGCACAAAGAUGUUUUUGGAGUCAUCUCUGGCACUGCUUCUCCUCACACAUCCUCUACACCCAACAUUAACUCUGUGCGCCACGCAGAUUCGCGAGGGUCCCUCAUUAGCACGGAUUCUGGCAACAGUCUGCCAGAUAGGAACGUGGAAAAGGGCAACUCUCUAGACAAGAGUCAGCAUGCCUCGUCACUGGGCAGCUCCCUGCUCCGAUGCGAUAAACUAGAGCAGGCAGAGAUCAAGAGUUUCCUUAUGUGCUUCCUACAUGUGCUCAAAAGCAUGUCUGAGGAUGCUUUGUUUACAUACUGGAACAAAGCUACAUCUGCUGAGUUGAUGGACUUCUUCACGCUUGUCGAAGUGUGUCUUCAUCAAUUCAGAUAUAUGGGAAAGAGAUACAUCGCAAGGAACCAGGACGGGGCAGGACACGUAGCGCAUGAGCGGAAAUCUCAGACUCUGCCUGUGUCCCGUAAUAGGGCGGGAAUGAUGCAUGCCCGCUUACAGCAGCUCAGCAGCCUGGAUAACUCAUACACUUUUAACCACACUUACAGCCACACGGAUGCAGAUGUGUUAAAUCACUCUCUGCUGGAGGCCAACAUCGCCACUGAGGUCUGCCUAACCGUCCUGGACACGCUCAGUAUCUUUAUUAUGGGCUUCAAGACUCAACUGUGCUCGGACCACGGCCACAGUCCGCUAAUGAAGAAAGUUUUCGAGGUCCACCUCUGUUUUCUGAGGAUCAAUCAGUCGGAAACUGCCCUCAAGCAGGUCUUCACUUCACUACGGACGUUCAUCUACAAGUUUCCCAGCACGUUUUUUGAAGGCCGCGCUGACAUGUGCGCCGCAUUCUGCUACGAGAUCUUGAAGUGUUGUAAUUCCAAACUGAGCUCCAUUCGCAGCGAUGCCGCCCAUCUGCUCUAUUUUCUCAUGAAGAGCAAUUUUGACUACACGGGACGCAAGUCUUUUGUGAGGACGCACUUGCAGGUGGUGAUUGCUGUCAGUCAGUUGAUAGCGGAUGUCAUUGGUAUUGGAAGUACACGCUUCCAGCAUUCCUUGUCCAUAAUUAACAACUGUGCCAACAGUGACAAAACGAUCAAGAACACAGCUUUCCCAUCCGAUGUUAAGGAUUUGACAAAACGUAUCCGAACGGUGUUGAUGGCGACCGCUCAGAUGAAAGAGCAUGAGCGAGACCCCGAGAUGCUGGUGGACCUCCAGUAUAGCCUGGCCAAGUCGUACACCAGCACACCAGAGCUCCGAAAAACCUGGCUGGACAGCAUGGCUCGAAUCCACGUGAAGAAUGGAGAUUUGUCAGAGGCGGCCAUGUGCUAUGUCCACGUAGCAGCACUGGUGGCAGAAUACCUCCGGAGAAAAGGCAUGUUCAAACAAGGAUGCUCAGCGUUUCAAGUCGUGACGCCAAACAUUGAUGAAGAGGCUGCUAUGAUGGAGGAUGUUGGCAUGCAGGACGUCCACUUCAAUGAAGAUGUCCUCAUGGAGCUUCUAGAGGAGUGCGCCGACGGUCUCUGGAAAGCCGAACGCUAUGAGCUCAUCUCGGACAUCUACAAGUUGAUCAUUCCAAUUUAUGAAAAGCGUCGAGAUUUCGAGAAACUAGCCCAUUUGUACGACACGUUGCAUCGGGCGUACAGUAAAGUGACGGAAGUGAUGCACACAGGAAAGAGACUACUGGGCACCUACUUCAGAGUAGCCUUCUUUGGCCAGGCAGCGGGCUUCUUCGAGGAUGAAGAUGGGAAAGAAUAUAUCUACAAAGAACCCAAAUUCACACCGUUGUCUGAGAUAUCGCAGAGGCUCCUGAAGUUGUACUCAGAUAAGUUCGGCCAAGAGAACGUAAAAAUGAUUCAGGACUCGGGCAAGAUCAACCCCAAAGACUUAGAUUCUAAGUUUGCAUAUAUCCAAGUGACGCAUGUGACGCCUUACUUGGAGGACAAGGAACUGGCAGACAGGAAGACUGAUUUUGAAAAAAGCCACAAUAUCCGCAGAUUUGUUUUCGAGAUGCCUUUUACCGUGUCGGGAAAAAAGCAAGGCGGGGUGGAGGAGCAGUGCAAACGCAGGACUAUUCUAACAACCACGCACCGUUUCCCCUACGUGAAGAAACGUAUCGCCGUCAUGUACCAGCAGCACAACGACCUCAGCCCCAUCGAGGUGGCCAUUGAUGAGAUGAGCAAGAAGGUGGCUGAGAUUAAUCAGCUGUGCUCCUCCAGUGAGGUGGACAUGAUUCGGCUGCAGCUCAAACUGCAGGGAAGCAUCAGCGUCCAGGUGAACGCCGGCCCGCUGGCGUAUGCUCGUGCUUUUCUGGACGACGCCAGUGCCAAGAAGUAUCCUGAUAACAAGGUCAAACUGCUGAAAGAGGUCUUCAGGCAUUUCGUUGAGGCGUGCGGCCACGGUUUGGGCAUCAACGAGAGGCUCAUCAAAGAGGACCAGCAGGAGUAUCACGACGAGAUGAAGGCCAACUACAGAGACCUGGCCAGAGAGCUGUCUAUCAUCAUGCACGAGCAAAUCAACACUGUGGAAGACGGCAUCAAAAGCGCUCUUCCCGACUCGCUUCACAUCUUUAAUGCCAUCAGUGGCACGCCAACGGGGGCAACCAUCCAGGGUAUCCCCAGCUCUUCUUCUGUUGUAUGA